AUGCCAUCUUCAACCACAACCCCGAUUUCCCUCACCACGACAAUACUCCUCCUCUCACUCCUCCUGUUGUGCUUCUUCCCAAGUCUAUUCCACAUUCUCUGGUCAAUCCCUCUCGCGCUUCUCACCCCAUCAACCUACGUCCCACACCCGUCUACCAAGCCUCCACCAUCUUCUCCCAUACCGCCCUCUCCAGCCGGCACCAUGUCCUGGUUCCAAAAGUCCAUCACCCUACCGUCGAAAUCUCGCGGCUCGUACCUCAUUACAGACACGAUAUUAAAGGAGAUUCCGGAGAUCAAGGAGUACAAAGUGGGACUGUUGAAUCUGUUUAUCCAGCAUACGAGCUGUGCGCUUAGUUUGAAUGAGAAUUGGGAUGAAGAUGUUAGGGCGGAUAUGAGUGAUGCUCUGGAUCGGAUUGCGCCGGAGGAUAGGAAGGGGGAGUUAUAUAGGCAUAGCGCUGAGGGGUUGGAUGAUAUGCCGGCUCAUAUCAAGAGUGCGUUGGUUGGAGCAAGCGUUACGGUGCCGAUUACGAAUGGAAAGCUUAAUACGGGAACCUGGCAAGGUAUUUGGUUUUUGGAGUUCAGGGCGAGUAAGCAUUCGAGAAAGGUUGUUGCUACGAUCCAGGGCGAGAAGCUGUGA